AUCGAUAAGGCCGCCGAACGCGCAUACGUCCGCAAACUCGACUUCUACCUGCUCCCUUUCCUGUCCUUGAUGUACUUCUUCAACUCCGUCGACCGCAGCAACCUCGGCAACGCAAAGACGGACGGCAUGGACAAGGACUUGGGGUUUACAGGUGAGCAGUACAGUCUGCUGAUUUUGCUGUUUUACAUUCCGAAUGGGCUGUGUGAUUUGCCGCUGAAUAUAUUGACGAAGAAGUGGAGUGGGAGAAUUAUGUUGCCUAGCCUAAUGGUUGGCUGGGGCGCAAUGGCGCUGUUCCAGUGCGCCACGACGAACUUUGCUGGCAUGCUUGUCAUUCGACUGCUGCUGGGCGCUUUUGAGGCUGGGUUCUUUGCUGGUGUAGUAUUCUACUUGACACUCUUCUACACUCGUGGAGAGCUUGGGUUUCGCAUUGCGAUCUUCUUCGGGAGUGCGCUGCUUGCUGGAGCCUUUAGUGGGUUGAUCUCGUUUGGUAUGUUCCAGAUCCACCAUGCUACCAUACCGGGGUGGAAGUGGCUGUUCAUCGUUGAGGGCGCAAUGACUGUCGUAAUCGCGUUCGUUGCCUACGCCUGGCUGCCUGCUACCCCUCAAUCGGCGUGGUUCCUCAACGUGGCCGAGCGAGCAGUAGCUGAGCGCCGCACACUGCGCGAUCUAUCAUCUUCGACAAGCCACGACUUCGACAUGAGAGAAUGUUUCAAGGAGUGGAGCAAUUGGAAGAUGGUCCCCUGGUGUAUCAUCGCCUUUACCUAUCCGGUCGCUUUCAAUACGACGUCCAAUUUCCUGCCCCAGAUCGUUCAAAGGCUUGGCUACAGCCUUGUCAAGACGAAUCUUUGGACCGUUGCGCCGAAUGCCGUUGGAUUCGUGGUGUUGCUGUGCGUUACAUACAGCAGCGACCACUUUCGCGAACGCACCUUCCACGUCGUCUUCUCGCUAUGCGUCUCGCUCGUCGGCCUCAUCAUCCUUGCAUCAAUCGAUGUCUUGGCCAACAAAGGUGUAGCGUACUUUGCGUGCUUCAUGCUUGCUGCCGGCGCGUACAUUCCCAGCUGCUUGUUCCACUCGUGGCACAACAACAACAAUCUCAACGAGAACGCUCGUGCAGCCACAACAGGUCUUUUAGUAGGUCUAGGCAAUUUGGGCGGCAUCGUGUCGGCUGCGACGUUCAGACAGGAGUAUGCACCGAAGUACAUUCCAACGCUGGCUGCGACAGCGGCGUGUAAUGUGACGUGCAUCGUGUUCACGUUGUGGUUGGGCGGCUGGAUGAAGAUGGACAAUCGCAGAAGGAAUCAACAGCAGGGUGUCAAGAUUAAGGCGCAGGAAGUCAAGACAAGCGAGCUGGGUGAUGGAGAAGAGAGUGAGAUGUGGAGAUACUUCACCUAGUCGUGUCCACAGUUGAGGGACCUGCAACGAUACCGAGCUUUGUAUAGCGUUCAGGCUGUUGCAAAGGCUGGACCCUCAAAGAUCCGAACGCCAACGCCCGCCGAUUGCGAAUAGAAGACGGAAUCGCACUGCAU